CCUUCUGCCCUCCCGCCCCCCCGCUGCUGCUCCCCGCCGCGGCCGGCCUCAUGGAGGGCUCCGGCGGGGGCAGAGCCGCCGGCGCCGGCGGAGAGCUGAAUGGCAUUAAAAUGGUAGAUGAACCUAUGGAAGAGGAAGAACCAUAUUCUUAUAAUGAUGAAGGAAAUGUAAAAGAGAUACCUAUUACCCAUCAUGUGAAAGAAGGAUGUGAAAAAGCAGACCCUGCACAAUUUGAAUUGCUUAAAGUCCUUGGUCAGGGAUCGUUUGGAAAGGUUUUCCUUGUGAGAAAAAUCAUUGGGCCCGAUGCUGGACAGCUGUAUGCUAUGAAAGUUCUGAAGAAAGCAUCUUUGAAAGUUCGUGAUAGAGUUCGUACGAAGAUGGAGAGAGAUAUUUUAGUAGAAGUAAAUCAUCCAUUUAUUGUCAAACUGCACUAUGCCUUUCAGACUGAAGGGAAGCUAUAUUUAAUAUUGGAUUUUCUCAGGGGAGGAGAUGUAUUCACACGAUUAUCCAAAGAGGUUAUGUUUACAGAGGAAGAUGUGAAAUUCUACCUCGCAGAACUGGCCCUUGCUUUGGAUCAUCUGCACAGCUUGGGAAUUGUAUACAGAGACCUGAAGCCAGAAAACAUUUUGCUUGAUGAAGCAGGACAUAUCAAGUUAACAGACUUUGGCCUCAGCAAAGAAUCUGUUGAUCAAGAGAAGAAAGCCUAUUCUUUCUGUGGUACUGUAGAGUACAUGGCCCCCGAAGUUGUAAACAGACGAGGCCAUAACCAGAGUGCCGAUUGGUGGUCGUUUGGUGUUCUUAUGUUUGAAAUGCUUACUGGUACACUACCAUUUCAAGGUAAAGAUCGCAAUGAAACAAUGAAUAUGAUACUCAAAGCGAAACUUGGAAUGCCACAGUUCCUCAGUCCCGAAGCGCAAAGUCUUCUGAGAAUGUUGUUUAAAAGGAAUCCUUCAAAUAGGUUAGGAGCUGGUCCUGAUGGGGUUGAAGAAAUAAAGAGGCAUCCCUUCUUUUCAACUAUUGACUGGAACAAACUGUACCGGAGAGAGAUCCAGCCCCCAUUUAAACCUGCUUCUGGAAGACCAGAGGAUACAUUUUGUUUUGAUCCAGAAUUCACAGCAAAAACACCCAAAGAUUCUCCAGGCGUUCCACCUAGUGCUAAUGCACACCAGCUGUUCAAAGGCUUUAGCUUUGUUGCAACUACUGCCAUAGAAGACCACAAAAUCUCCCCUCUCAACAAUAUUUUGCCAAUUGUGCAGCAACUCCAUGGGAACAGUGCGCUAUUCACAGAUGCCUAUGAACUCAAGGAGGACAUUGGUGUUGGCUCCUACUCUGUAUGUAAGCGCUGCAUCCACUUGCCUUCAAACAUGGAAUUUGCUGUGAAGAUAAUUGACAAAAGUAAGAGAGAUCCCUCUGAAGAAAUUGAGAUUUUGAUGCGCUAUGGACAGCACCCUAACAUUAUUACUUUAAAAGAUGUAUACGAUGAUGGUAAAUAUAUUUACCUUGUCACGGAAUUGAUGAAGGGAGGUGAGCUACUGGAUCGUAUUCUCAGACAGAAAUAUUUCUCAGAAAGGGAAGCGAGUGCUGUAUUGUAUACCAUCACGAAAACAGUCGACUACCUUCAUUGUCAAGGGGUAGUACACAGAGAUCUUAAACCCAGCAAUAUUUUAUAUAUGGAUGACUCUAAUAAUGCUGACUCCAUAAGGAUCUGUGAUUUUGGAUUUGCAAAACAACUUCGGGGGGAGAAUGGGCUUCUCUUAACCCCUUGCUACACUGCCAACUUUGUAGCACCAGAGGUUCUUAUGAGACAGGGCUAUGAUGCUGCUUGUGAUAUCUGGAGCCUGGGUGUCCUCCUUUAUACAAUGUUGGCUGGGUAUACACCAUUUGCCAAUGGUCCCAACGAUACUCCCGAGGAAAUCUUGUUACGGAUUGGCAGUGGAAAAUUUUCUUUAAGUGGAGGCAACUGGGACACUGUUUCAGAUGCAGCAAAGGAUUUGCUGUCUCAUAUGCUGCAUGUAGAUCCUCAUCAACGAUAUACUGCUGAACAAGUGCUUAAGCAUUCAUGGAUCGCCUGUAGGGACCAGCUGCCACAUUAUCAGCUCAACAGGCAAGAUGCUCCGCAUCUAGUAAAGGGGGCUAUGGCUGCCACAUACUCUGCACUGAAUAACAAGACAUUUCAGCCUGUAUUGGAGCCUGUUGCCGCUUCAAGCUUAGCUCAACGGCGGAGCAUGAAAAAGCUAACGUCAACGGACUUAUAGUUCCACUGGAGCGCUCAGCCGAAGUGGAGCAUGGGAAACACCCAAUAAGUGGCUCUGUAUUUGCCUGGCCUGUGAUUUAAAAGGCAUAUACAAGUUCCUCCUACACUACUUGAAUUCUGCUGAAGAAAGAAAAAGUCCAGAUGUUCAAGAGGAUUCAUGAUAUGUUUUGCAGGAAAUGUGCAGAGGUUCAUUGAAGCGAAGCAUCAGGGUACAUCACAGUGAUCAUGAGGCAUUUUUGUACACAGUCCUUUUCAGAAAUCUAUUGCAUUAUGUUAAUACUUUUAAAUACUGUAUAGUUUUUGCCCAGUUUAUAAAGAAAUUAUUUAGGGAACCAUAAACACUGAAGUUGUAAAUUUAAAACUGAAAAAAUAGUGUUUAGUAUUUUUGCUAUCUGGCCCUAUUGUAAAGGAAAAUAAUUAAACUUAAGUGCUCUACUUUUGUUAAUUUGCCACUUCACCAAUGAACUCCAUUCACCCCAACUCAUUGUUACAGCAAGUCAAGACAACACAAAGGGACACACUAGUGCAAAAUGCAUGGAUACUAAAACGCCUGGUCCCAGGCAGUUGUAGAUGGUAUACAAAGAGAAUUCAGCCGCGUAGUGUGAAAACUGUCAGUAGAAUUACAGACUGAGUGUGUAAGGCUGCUGGGUGACGAUGGUGGUGAUUAGGAUAAUAACCUCAUAUAGUUUUCCCUGUAAGGGAUCUCCAUCAGGGGUGAGUAGGUGUCUGUUGUGUUUAGGUAUAGAAUAAGAUGUUUAGAGAUAUAAUAUCCUAGAGCUGUGAGUUGGUCCAGGCAAACCUCUCCGACAGUACGAGGCUCCUAUGAAAAGGGAUUGGCUGUGUUCCAUUUCUGUCGUUUGGGCUGUCCCCUUUUUAGUUACUGUUAAAGGGCUGAUGUGUCCACGCCGCAAUUAAAAAUACAAGCCUUCCAGAGUGAGAACCUACAGGCUGAGUGGUAUUAAAACAGGCAAUUGAAUUUACCUUGGUAAUCCACUAUGCUCUGCUACUGCUUUUUCUCCUUCGUGGUCUCUCUGCAUCACACAUGUGGGCUGUGGGCUUGUGUGCAGCUCAUUUCUGGGAAGAUUUAGUACCUAAGAGCAUUUUGGCUGGAACUCUUCCCUCACAUUGGCAUCCUUUGCAGGAACGGGUUCCUGUGCUUUCCCCUCACUUCUUUGACUGCCUUUGGUGCCUCAGGAAGUUCUUUCUCUCCUCUUUAAUACUUGAGUAUCUUCUCUUCUUUACAACCCUUUUUCUUUUUAAAAUGCUUUAGCAUCUUUCUAUAUGUACCUGUUUCUUCUUCAUGUAUUUUCAUUUCAUAAACCACCCCCUUUCUUUCCCCCCACCAUAAAACAACUAAAAAAAGUCCUCUUUAGGAUCCUGUGCUAUUCCAAACAUUACCUUGGCCUUUUCCUUCAGGUGAGGGUGUUCAAGGAUAGGCUGGACAUGCACAUGGGUAGGCAUGUCAUGAGCGGAGCCGGCUGGAGCCGGGGGUCAGACUGGAUGGCAGGGAGGCCCCUUCUGACUUGCUCUGUUUCUAUGUUUCGAUGUUUUUCUUUCCUUCCCUGUCUUCUCCAUGAUGGCAUUGAAGGCUCCCUUCUCAACUCUGUGCAGCGUGGCUGGAAAUUUGCUGCCAGUGGAUGGGGACUUCCUCUGACUGUUGUGCCUGGUUGAGGGGCAUGUAGUCAGACCAAAGCUUCAUGGUCAAGCCCUCGUGAAACAGGCUAGGAAGUGUGCUGAGCUCCGAAGCAAGGCUGUUAGAGUGGCCUUGGAAUGGAAUCGUAGAAUAGUAGAAUUGGAAGGGGCCAAAAGACCAUCUGGUCCCUGCUGAGUGCUGGGCUCCAAGUGAAAGCAUCCCUCUCAGGUGGCAAUCCAACUGUCUCUUGAAUGCCUCCAGGGUGGGACAGCCCCAAACCUCCCUAGUUCAUUGGUUCCACUGUCACACUGUCCUCACAGUCAGGAAAUUUUUCCUGAUACCUAGCCAGAAUCUAGAUCCUUGUAACAUGAGCCCAUUAUUCCAUGUCUUAGAGUCUGGGAUGACUGAGAAGAGAACCUGUCCUUCCUCUAUGGGGCAACCUUUCUAGUACUUGAAGAGUCCUAUCUCCCCUUGGACUUCUUGAGGCUACACAUGCCCAGUUCUUUUUAUGAUUCUACAACCUCCGUCUACCAUCAGGAUGUCUGCAGAGAAUGGGAGCUCUUUGCCGAACCACCGGCCACCAACUCCACCUCCAAGGCCCCAGCAUCCGCCCGUGUGACUGGAACAGUUUAGUGGACUCCCAGAGCUGCCUUCCAGCACUGCAGAGACCCAGCUCUUCUGCCCUUGUGCUCUCCAACCCUUCCUCGCUGAUGGACAUUGAGGAUCCCAGAUCUGACACCCACACGACACUCUCCAUAGAGCUGUUCUCUCCGGGUGCAGCUGUGGAUGCCGGGGACUCCACCUCACCAUCCAUGGAUAUGGGUCACUUCACAGAGCACAUUCACAGGAUGACCUGAGGCCUCAGAAUCGCCACGCAGUUGCUUUUUUUCUCUCUGUACUGAACCAUCUUUGCCAAACGCAAGGUUUGUCCUAUUGAUCCUCUCCUGGUCCUGAGGCCACCUGGGCAGUCUCAUUCAUGCUGAGGGAAAGGGCAAUACCCUCCUCCCUUGUAGGAUGGAUGCUGGAGUGGGGGAGGGGCUCCUGCCUAAAUGCUCUUAUAUCUCCCUAGUCCCAGUCGUAAGCUCAGAGCCCAUAGGGGUGAAUGCACAGAACCAUCCGAAGGCGGACAGUUACAGGUAAGUAACUUGUCAUUUCCUUCAUAAUUUGGCUAUCACUUUGACCCUCUCAACUUCACCCCAAAUUGGAAGAUACUGAUAUUUUUACCAUACAACUUAUUUCACAGUGGUCUUUAUUCACACUCCACAGGGAAAGAAAAUGGCAUCGUCUUUUGGAGACUGCAUAAAUCUGUCCAGGGGAAAUGUUUAUACCCAUGACUUGAUUUUCAAUCCAUAUAAGCUUUGAAAUGUGUGUUAGAACUUUCCUGAUUCAAGCUGGAUUUAAACUUGCCUCAGUAGAAUGAGGGAGAGAACAGUCUUGCUACCAGUUCUAGUACCAUGUGCCAUUGCAGAUUACAAAUGCUGUUGUAUUUCUUAAGGAGGUCAGUCUACAAUGUAGCAUAGCAAAACUUAGAGCAGAUGCUGACGUUAGCUCAGUAGAAAUGGAUAAAUUGCAAAUUGGUGUGUGUUCUCAGAACCAAUAUAAAUGAACAUUAAACUUUCAGAAUGUCCUGAUAAUAACUAAUUUGCUGAGGCAGUGUGAGGCUAUGAGGGAAACUGAAACAGCUUCCAGCAUAUCUGGACAGGAAGCGGAUCUAUUUCUUUGGUUGAGGCAGAGCAGUUUGUGUUUGCCACUAGGAUUGCAUAGCAUCCUAUGCAACCCACUAACAUAAAUUAUGAUGUGCAGGUCUAAACUCCUGUACUGCAACUCCUAUAUUCCUGGUAUACUAGAAUAUAAUUUAUGCUAGCAGUAGAAUAUUUGAAUAUGCAAUGUUGAAUAUCGAAUUCCCCUUUGAAUAUUGGCCCAUAUUGAUUGAUUGAUGAUUUGUACAUCAUCAUCAAUUUGUACAUGAUGCCAUGAAAACGACAGCGUGAUAUGCUGUAGCCGCUCAGAUGGCAAUGGCGGAUUGCAUUGAUUAUUUCAGUGCAAGACUCUGGUGUUGGCUCCAGAGAACAGGUGGGCAGAAUCCUGCUAGUGUUAUGAGCUAUCUGAAAGCAAUGUGAAAGUCACAUUGUUAAAUAGCAGCUUGCUUUUCCAAAGCAAAGGUAGUGAAUUGCAGUAAGUGCCAGUUGAGUCUGUGAUUAUAAAUGGGUGCAUCUUUGGACUUCGGUGCUCUUCAUAUUGCUCUGAUCAUUCUGCUUUGGGGUAGAAGAAUAUAGUGGAACAGGAAAAGUUACACAAGGCAUUUCUAGUGUGCUCCUGAGUCCUCCCUCACAGUAGUUUGUGGGUGUUUCACGUUAUAUCAUCUUGCAGGACCUCUCCCAUGCUCCAAAAUCGUGCUUGUUUUUCUAAUGAGGAAACACUGGCAAUGGCAGCAGAAGCCCCUGAAAGUAUUCACAUAAUUCAGCCAUUUCUAAUAAAUGAGGAAUGGAACAUACAGAAAGGCAAGUGGAGAAAGGAAAACUGGGUGUGGAAUGUGUACAGGAGGCAAUAAAUCCCGGAAAGAAUCUGGAAGUGGAAGCAUCAAUAAAGUGGUAGGUUAAAACCCUAAUGUGGAAAGCCCAGAGUGCCCUUCUAUGCGCAGGAAAGCUAGAUAAUGCCAUUUUGACACUUUGCCACCUCAACAGUAAAUUUAGCAGAGCACUGCACCAGGUAGGAUAGUCUUCAUUCAGCACAUGCUUCUGCCACACUUCAUUCUUCUGUGAUUGUUGCAACAAAUUGUCAUGGCAUGACAACCCCUCUUUCGAGCCAUAGAGAAUCAUGUUAAUGGAAGCUGGAAACAACUAGGAUUGGCAAUCGGGCCAUCCAUCUAGACGGGCCUUGUUGGCCUGUAUUCUCACUGUCCUAAAUAAUGGCGUACGUGCUUCUUUGUACGUAUCUAGAUUGGUACACAUCUGGACCUCCUUUACAGAACAGGGUUUAAUGCUGCAUAGAUGGUGAUCUGAUUUGAAUAAAACUGUGAACCUUCUUUCAUUCUUAUGCCUAAAGUGUGAAGUGCCUUAUUCAGACCUUUAACAUGCAGAUGAUCUUCUUUGAUUGUCAUACAUUAAUAAAUCUGAGCCCAUAAUUUUGAUCAUUCCAUACUUUUCACGGUUAAAGUACUCUUGGGUCACCAUUUUAUCCUUCAGUGUGCAUUUUGCUACAAAUAAGAACCAGUUCACACGAGGCAUUGACAUACACAAUUUCCUUGAAGUAUCAGAGAGCGAUGCCAUGUGAAGAGUUGGAUGUGUGGGUGUCAUCAUGAUUAAGCAUAGCAUUCCCAUCCUCGUGGAAAUUGCAACAGCUGUAUGUACAGCCACUUUAUGCUGAGGUCACUUCAAACAUCAGCUCCUCGUCACAAGUUCAGAAGUGGCCUUGUGCACUCCCAGGGCCAAUGACUAGUCCAAACUUGCUCUCAUUGGAGGAAAUUGGUUAAAGAAUUGUAUGGGUUAACUAUUCCAGUCAGGUGAUCAUUGUAUGCCUGUGAGCUUAGUUGGGGAAGCUAAGGGGAUUCGUCGUUUUCCUCCAAGCCCAUUUCUAGGUUUUGGUCUUGUUGUUUCCACUUGUAUACUUGUUUUUCUUAAGUGUUGCUUCUCUAGAAAGAUGAUUUCUUGAGUCUCUUCACAUGGAAUCAUGACUAAUGCUUAACGGGCACACCCAUUGUUAAAGGGGGAGGAUGGAGCACUCAAAACAUUGCUGAGAACAGGAUGCCAGGCUUGGACUCCGGUUGCAUAAGUGGACCUGUAAAGCAAAUCUGCAUGUUGCUCAGAUGCAAGAAAUGUCCUCCUUUGGGGUGUGUUUUUGUGCAUGCUCAGCUUUAAUUGAGUCACUUGGGGGAAAAAAUGACUUGAAUGAUUGUGAUGACUCUGCACAGUUCCUUAGUAGCGUACCAUUUGGGAUACUUUUGAGGUUUGUUUUGCUCAGAUACCUGUCAGGAAUUAGGGAUGCUGUUGAAAAUGCUUGCCUUACUGUUCUGUCCCUCUCUCAAGCCACUGGGCCACAUUUCUUGUCAUCUGUCUUAGAAAACUGCAUUUCAAGAGUGAAGGUGUAUUCAUGGCAACUUCUCUAGCAAGCUGUCCUCAAGUGAGCGUUUCUCUAAAAGCUCGCUCUGAAACUGGAUAGUGUGGCUGCAACUCCCACUAGCAAAUUGCCUCUUUGAUUUAUUAAAAAAGUUUUAGGUCUUGUUCAGGUAGGGGAAAUCCCUUAUCUUAAGUAUGCAACUGGGCAGCUAUAACAUUUAAUUAAAUACCUUGCAGAAAAUGUAGGGCCCUAUGUAAGCCUGCAUAUGUUGCCUAUUUAAUCAGAAUAUUUCUUUGGGACCAAACCAUUUCUUGUACGGGUGCUUUACACGUGUGUGUGUGUGUGUCCAGCCAUCCCUGAAUAUUAAAUAAUUGUACACUUCAGAGUAUCCAUUACCUAUGUGCAAAGUUUGUUUUCAUAUAAGCGUAGUAGUGACAAAAAAAGUCUUCAAGAAUAGCUGUGGGUCAGGGAAGGGUGUUAGAGCUCCAGGUAUUUUGCAAUCCACGCACCUACCGACAUGGUCAUGGCUCAGGAAUGAUUGGGGCUAAUGUCCACAACAUUCAGGCAUUUCUUUCUGGCCACCCCUGCCUUAGGGCACCCAACGUGUGGCUUUUGUGAGUGGAUGGACAGGUGGAUUAGAUUGGCAAAGAGAGGAGGCACACUCACAUCCUCAGAAUGGAUCAUAGGAAGGGAAAUCACUCCUGAAUGGUUCUGAAAUGGCUUGAAUGAGCCAAACGGUACUGAAACAGUCUAGUUUUCAUGUCUCCACAUUUUUUGAAUCCGCCCUUCUCAGAAAUGGGCACCGUGCCUGUACAUCUUUUAAAUUCUUUCUUUGAAACUUGCUCUUAAAAACAGGGAUUACUUAGUUUUAGUUAACCAUCCAGGAGGUACUAUUUUAGGCAAAGCAAUGUUACCUGUAAUUACAAUAGUCCUGUUAGUGGAAAACAAUGGUCAUUACCUGUACAGAUCUACUCAUCCUGGGCUUGGAUGUAUGUUCCCUUUCUGUUUUAGGCACUAAGAAAAGUGACUAAGGUCUGGCUAUGGUUUUGUGAUGUUAUAGAAAAGUAUGUCCUCCAUAAGUCCCUCUGAAAUGAAUGGUAGUUGUGAAUAUGUUUGAGUCCUUCCACAGUUUCUCAUUAUUUCACUGAAGCUUAUACAGGAAAAGUUCCCAGUAGUUGUUGGACCCAUAUCACCUCUAUGGAUUGAGGAACAGUUGUUCUAACGCUGCAGUAUUGUUUAGGAGGUACGGAUAAAGCUAGCUAUUUAUGUUAAUUAGAAUAAGGUGGAAUUAGAGAUACUGAGUAGCUGAAAUGAAUAGUUUAGUAAUAAAAUCUUAUUAAACUGUAUUUAAAAGCCAUUUUCCCUUUGGGAAGGUGUAAGUAAAUGCAAUUUUAAAUUCUAAACAGGCAGCUCCAUUAAUAAGUCAUGCCCCUUUCCCAGCUGAUAUUGGAAAGCCUUUCAGAAAGAUUUAAGCUGGAAAAAUACGUUUGCUUAGGUUGCUGAAGAAACAAGCAAAAGCAGUAUCAUCUUUCCAGAUGGAAAUGUUCAUGUGAUGGUUUGGGGUGAUUUGUUUUGUUUUGCUGGUCAUUUUGCAAUUGUCAUUUGCUUAUGCUGCAUUCUUCUGACUUUCCAAGCACUUUGGCACUCUUGCACUGAAUGCCCAGGUCUUGACAAGAUACACAGCCAAGACAUGUCUCAGCUUUGUGUUCUUAUGUGUCAUGAUCUUUCCCGUUCCUUCUCAGCGUAUUGUGAUCAGAGAUGACCAUAAUUUUCUGUUGUAUCCAAAUUGGGAAAGCUAGAAGUUGUAAGUUUUUAAAAUAAGUUUCUUAUUUGUUUGUUCUAAUCCUUGAAACUGUAAUCUCCCUAUCUGAAUGUAACAGCAUAGUGUGGUUAAUUAACCUAGGAAAUCUUCAAUUGUGGCAUGCCAAGUAGGUAAGAGGUCAGGUGUACAUGCAUAAGGUUUGUAUCUAUCAAGCUGAGAUACUGUAUGAUUGAAACAGAUCAUUGGCUAGUUUCCAUUGUCAAAACUGUUCUGGCAUGUAACUGGCUGUGAACAUCAAAAACAUUGCAGGAAAACCCAAUUGUGCAAUUUCUAACUACAUGCUCUUUGGGUUACAACACUUCCUCAAGAUUUAAAAUCAUACAUCUCAUUCACAACCCUGUUGUCAAUAUAAUAACAGUCAUUUCCCAGAACAUUGUGGAUUUGUAUUAUACUGUAUUUAUUCCAUUCAGGUUUUCUUUUUUUCUUUUUAAAAAUAUUUUCUUUAAGGCUCUGUAUAUAUUGACAUUAAAGUUUGCAUUGUACUACAUUUUCGUAAGGGUC